UUCCCAACUCGGCAGCUCGUAGCUGCAGCGGUGCGGCGCGUAUGCAGGACCAGCUCUCUGCAGCUGCAGAGCCAAAGCUUGCAACCAGGGCUAGGCAAUCCUGCCCGCGUGCUACCUAAACCGCAACACAAACACACGUAGAACCGCUGAGCAGCAAACCGUGCAGCACCAGCCACGGACAGAAGCGGCACGCGCGCGCAGCAGCAAAACCACCAAGCACCAGAUAUGCUGCUCCGCCUCGCGCGCCGCCGCUGCGUGCAAAGCCUACGCCAGGCCUCGACGGGACCGAUCGCGGCCUACAACGCCCUCGUCGACGCCGGGAAGAUCAAGCGCGACUCGCACCAGCUGAACGCGCUCGUGCCGCUGCAGCGGCUCCACGACGAAAUUAUAGAGACGGGCUACGCACCCUCACCGAGGCAAGCCAAGGCAGACAAUGAAGAAUCAUCAAACGGCCUGAUGACGAAGUUCGCCUCCUUCGCGCAGUCCAUGGGCGUCGCAAUAGGAGGCGAUACAAACAGGCCGUCGGGCGCGGCGGGGCCCGUGGUCUCCACUUUUGGAAGCAGCUACGCCCAGGAGAAAUUUGUAAAAAAAGAGGAAUCGGAAGUCAUCAAGGAGGCCCUCCAGUCAAAGGCACCCCAAGGCGUCUACGUCCAUGGCGGAGUGGGAACGGGAAAAACUUUUUUGAUGGACAUGUUCUUCGACGAAAUUUUUUGUAGCAAGCAGCGCGUGCACUUCCAUGAAUUUAUGUUAGAUGUCCAUCGUCGUUUGCAUGAGCUGAAGGGGGCAAAUGAACCUCUUAGACGAGUCGCGGACGACAUCGUCGAUAGGGGGUGGCUCGUGUGCUUUGAUGAGUUCCAGGUCACGGACAUCGCUGAUGCAUUGGUCAUGAAGCAGCUGUUUGAGGAGCUGUUCGCUGCGGGUGGCGUUGUUGUGGCUACUUCCAACAGAGCACCUUGUGAUUUGUACGCUAAUGGCAUACAACGACAGUUAUUCCUACCUUUCAUACCCUUGUUGGAGGCGAGAUGUAUUGUGCAUAGUAUAGAGGACUCGAAGACCGAUUACCGCUUGGCGAUCGGCAACACGUCCGAGUCGGCGCAUAUCUAUCUGCAGGAGGGCGAUGACCAAGGUUGGAACGAGGCCCAGAGAAGACUCAUCGGAAGGACGCCUCGAAUCGUGAAAGUCGAGUUGAAAACGGCAUCUGGGAGGUUGGUGAAAGCGCCCCGAGCGGACCUGAAUGCAAGGGCCGCGUGGUUUUCCUUUGACGAGCUCUGUGGUGGCAACACGGGCGCCUCGGAUUUUCUGUGCUUGGCCGGGGCUUUUGAUGUCAUCUUUCUUGAUCAAGUCCCGACGCUGGACAUGCGGGAUUUAAAUAGAACAAGAAGAUUUAUUACAUUAAUUGACGCGUUGUACGAGGCGAACGUCAUCGUCGUCAUCCGAGCUGCUGCAGAACCAUCUAGGUUGUUCGUGGCGGACAAGAAUGCUGUACUAGAUGAAGGGCAUGGCGACCUCAUCGGCGACGCGACGUAUCUCCACAAGGGCGCGCGCGACGAGGCCUUUGCCUUUGAUCGUACCGCGUCUCGAAUCAUCGAAAUGGGCUCGACGGCCUACUUACGACGAGCUCGAAAUGCGCGGUCGAAACGCGUCGGCGACGUUUUACUCGCUGUGGACGACGACGUCGACGUCGACGCUUUGUUUGCGGCAGCGGACGUCGACGGCUCGGGCAAGCUUGAUGAACAGGAGUUCACGGCGCUGCUCGAGGAACUGUCGGAGAAGACGCGGGGCCACCGCAACGUGUCUCGCUUGGAAUUUGAAUUGGCGCGCGGGUCGCUGGAUGCCAAUAGGGACGGCUUGAUUGAUCUGAGUGAAUUGCGUGAGGAAUUUUAUCACCGAAAGCUCAAGGACGCGUCGGACCGACUGUUUCUGGACCGGUCGGGGGAGCUCGUCGCCGGCGCGCCCGCCUGACGCCGUCGACGCGGCCUCUCACCACAUCGCCCGUCGCCCGGCGCCUAUUGUUCAAGUUGUGUUGUGCGCAAGUCUAAGACUUAGUUUUUCAC